CAUUGCGACGCCAAACGUCAAAAUAUACUGUAGAGAAAAUAUUGAGCGGUUUUCAGGGCUUCGUACUGGAUAACAAUUCGAAGAGAAUUAGCUGAUUGCCAUUAGUCAUGGGGAAUGCAGAUACUAAACUCAAUUUUCGGAAAGCUGUUGUCCAGCUGACAGCAAAAACUCAAGUAAUUGACGCGAGUGAUGAUAAUUUUUGGGACCAAUUCUGGUCCGAGAACGUCUCGAGUGUCCAAGACAUCUUCACACUGAUUCCAGCAGCUGAAAUAAGAGUUCUGCGAGAAGAAGCACCAGCGAACCUAGCAACAUUAUGCUACAAAGCAGUGGAGAAGCUGGUGAAAGCCGUGGACAACAGCUGUAGAACCCAGAGAGAGCACCAGACAGUGCUCAACUGCUGCAGAUUACUGACAAGACUGUUGCCUUAUAUUUUCGAGGAUUCAGACUGGAAAAGCUUCUUCUGGUCGAGUCUGCCUGGAAAAGAGGAAGAGGACGAGAGUGUGCCACUGGCCCAUUCAUUACUCAAUGCCAUAUGUGAUCUACUUUUCUGUCCAGACUUUACUGUUGCCUCUGGACGUAAAUCUGGACCUGACAAGGCAGAGGAGCUCCAGACAAUCGACAGCUGCGAAUACAUCUGGGAGGCAGGAGUUGGUUUUGCCCAUUCACCACCUCGCUAUCCAGUCCUAGACUCCAACAGAACUGAACUUCUCAAGCUCCUUCUCACUUGUUUCAGCGAAACAAUGUACAAUCCACCCAGUGAUCUAUCGAUAACCCCAAAUCGAUGGAUCCAACAUCUCACCAGUCCUGAGAAUCGUCACGCAUUGCCAAUGUUCACAUCAUUAUUGAAUACCGUUUGUGCUUACAACCCAGUGGGAUUUGGUGUACCCUACAAUCACCUCCUCUUCACGGAUUCCCUGGAGCCUCUCGUUGACAUUGCCCUACAAAUUUUAAUCGUCACCCUGGACCACGACACGAGUGGAGAUGCUGCUAACACCGAGGAGUCUGGAAUAACUGGAGACAAUUUAUUCAUAAAUUAUCUGAGCAGAAUUCACAGAGACGAGGACUUCCAAUUCGUUCUCAGAGGCAUCACGAGACUCCUCAAUAAUCCCCUCACCCAAACGUACCUUCCAAACUCCACGAAAAAAGUUCAUUUCCACCAAGAGCUACUGGUGUUCUUCUGGAAGAUGUGCGAUUAUAACAAAAAAUUUUUGUACUACGUCCUGAAGAGCUCUGACGUACUCGAAGUGCUUGUUCCUAUUUUAUAUCAUCUCAAUGACUCGAGGGCUGACCAGUCUCGAGUUGGUUUGAUGCAUAUCGGUGUUUUUAUUCUUCUAUUGCUCUCAGGAGAGAGAAAUUUCGGUGUUAGAUUGAAUAAACCGUACACCGCAACUGUACCAAUGGACAUUCCAGUAUUCACUGGCACCCAUGCAGAUCUUCUUGUCACAGUAUUCCACAAGAUCAUUACAACUGGACACCAAAGACUUCAGCCACUCUUCGAUUGUUUAUUGACUAUUCUCGUUAAUGUAUCGCCUUAUUUGAAGACUCUGUCGAUGGUGGCCAGUACUAAACUCCUUCAUCUACUCGAGGCAUUCAGUACACCCUGGUUUUUAUUCUCCGCCCCAACGAAUCAUCAUCUCGUUUUUUUUCUCCUUGAGAUAUUCAAUAAUAUCAUUCAGUAUCAGUUCGAUGGCAAUAGUAAUUUGGUCUACACGAUUAUUCGUAAGCGACAAGUGUUUCAUGCUCUGGCGAAUCUACCUAUUGACUGCAGUACUAUUGCUAAAUCACUUAGUAAACGUCAGAGGAAGCAGAUUCCAUCCACCAGUGUCUCCACGGAGAAUGUCAGUGAAGCUGCCAUGGAGGGAUCACAUCCAGCACAACCAGCUGAGCCAGGAACUCUCAAGGCGACUCUUCUCGAAACACCUGGUAUCGAAAAUAUGACUGAGAAAGAAUCUGCACAUCCUCUCAGUCCGUCUAUUGAUGUUGAUAUCAAUAAAUCUGGGGAAGCUAAUGGGAGGGAUGAAGAGGAAGUUGAUGAUAAAUGCACCCAGAAAUCUAUUGUUCCUAAAGGAGGAAUUCGAGUGACUGACGAAGUCGUGAGUUCUAAUAAUCAGUGGGUACCCACAGGAGAUUGGGUAUAUCAAUGGAAAUCAAAAUUGCCUCUACAAACAAUAAUGAGAUUACUUCAAGUACUAGUACCUCAAGUGGAGAAAAUUUGUAUUGACAAGGGUUUAACCGACGAAAGUGAAAUUCUGAAAUUCCUGCAGCAUGGAACACUCGUCGGUCUUCUCCCGGUUCCUCAUCCAAUUUUAAUUCGUCGAUAUCAGGCGAACGCUGGAACGACUGCUUGGUUUCGCACGUACAUGUGGGGAGUAAUUUAUCUGAGAAAUGUCGAGCCACCAAUUUGGUACGACACAGACGUGAAAUUAUUUGAAAUCCAAAGAGUCUAAAGAACUCAA